AUGUCAGACUCUCGUGAUGCAAUGCAGAAUGAAACGUUCAAUCAGACUGUUGGAAAUUUAAGAACACUUUGUGAAGAAAGUGAAGAGAAAAAAAAGAAGAUCACUGGGGAGUUGCUAAACAUUAAAGAUAAAUAUUCAUUGAAGCUUUCAGCGGAAGUGAAGGUUGUUAAUGACUCUGUCCAUGGUCACAUUGAGCUUCACCCGCUGCUGGUUAAGAUCAUUGACACUCCUCAGUUUCAGAGACUCAGACACAUCAAACAGCUGGGAGGAGCAUACUGGGUCUUCCCUGGGGCCUCACAUAACCGCUUUGAACACUCAAUUGGUGUGGCGUAUUUAGCAGGAUGUCUGGUCAAGAGUCUGCAAGAGAAACAGCCAGAGUUGAAUAUUACCAAUCGAGACAUUCUCUGUGUCACAAUUGCUGGUCUGUGCCAUGAUUUAGGUCACGGUCCAUUUUCUCAUUUGUUUGAUAAGAAGUUCAUUCCUGCAGUCCAGCCUGAUCCCAAAUGGAAGCAUGAAGAAGCUUCAGUUAAAAUGUUUGACCACAUGGUUAAUGAGAAUAAUCUAAAACCGCUAAUGGCAUCAUAUGGACUGGACAUGGAAAAUGAUUGUACCUUUAUUGCUGAAUUAAUCAAAGGCUUGGAUACUAAAGUAAAAAAGUGGCCUGCAAAGUGUGGCAGGACUGAGGACAAGGCUUUUCUGUAUGAGAUUGUGGCAAAUAAACGGAACAGCAUCGACGUUGACAAAUGGGACUAUUUUGCUCGAGACUGUCAUUACCUUGGCAUUUCAAAGAACUUUGACCAUCAACGGCUGCUGAAGUUUGCUCGAGUGUGUGAAGUGGAAAUAAAGGAUAGCUCCAAUAAUGCUGAAAAACCAAAGAGGCUAUCCAUCUGCUACAGGGACAAGGAGAAAAAUAAUAUUUAUGACAUGUUUCGCACCAGAUACACACUGCAUCGUCAGGCCUACCAGCACAAGACUGUCAAUAUUAUUGAAACCAUGAUUACAGAAGCCCUAGUAAAAGCUGAUAGUCAUUUCAAGAUCUCUAAAGCAAAAGACAACAUGGAAGAUUACAUAAAACUCACAGAUAGCAUUUUUGAAAAAAUUGUGUACCCUGAUUGUAUAAUGGACACAAAUCUUGAGGAUGCCAGAGAAAAGGUGAAUAACAUUCUCAAAAGGGACCUGCCAAAGUUUCUGGGAGAGACUAAACUGGACAAUAGAGACUUUUCAGAGGUAUCUGACAGUAUACAGCUAAAAUAA